AUGUCGCUUUUCACCGCGCAACUGCACCCAGGACGAGCUCUAGGAUUUCUCGUUCUCGGAGCAUCCUUGCAUGAUGUCUUGACGCGACUGAAGGCCGAGCCGCAACGCUUUCCACAACUCGAUCUCGUCUACUCCCGAGAACUGCCCGUCGAGCAGCCGGUGACCCUAAGCCUUCCUGCAAAUGGCAUACGCCUACGAUUCGAUGGCCCAGAGCAGCGUUUGCGCCUGAUAGAGAUUGUCGACUUCACAAAGAACCAUGUCACGUUUAAGGACCGCGAUCUUGUCAAGCCCGCCAACUCGCAGGGGCCGCCGUCGUCGCCUGUCCCCGGAGAAUCCAGCUCCGGUCCAACCUUCCGACAGAUCUACCACAGGUUGCUCGGACCAACAUAUGGUGGAGAGUUCAUACCACCAACGCCCGACGCCCCCGAUAACCUGGGUAAUUACAUACUUUCAUAUCCCGGUGUUGCCUUUACCUUCCGAUUAGCCGAAUCGGCAUACUCCCCUAGCAAGGACGUCGUGUCGCUUCUGUCUUCCGCGGCAAGCCAAGUGCCCACAUCCAUGGCUGUUUUCAGCGGAGAUUCGUGGGCCCAAGCCCGAGAGAGCCUUUGGACCGAAAUUCUUCCAAGUGUCAAGACGGUACCUGUUCUUCCAAGAGGGAAAGACGUGGUUCCUGACGAAAUAUCGCUGGUCAAGAUUCACGGGGGUGGAAAGCUUCAACUGUUCCGGAAGUGGACUAAUUCUUCGAUCUGGAUCAUCCUGGGAGAGACUAGUCCGCAAGAGUUGAUUGCGGAGCUUGGUCCUCCCAACGCUACAUAUCGGAAGAACGACCAGAGAAUGACAAUACACAAGCUUCGGACGGCCAGUCACAGCAGGGCUCGUUCAAGCGGCGCCGACUUGCAUAGGCCAGACGAUCUGACCGAUACCGACCAGUCGUCUGCGAACACUGGCUCAGAUGAUUCUAAUGAUGAAGCAGUCGAAGAAGACAUUGCCGGAAAUGUUUCGGGGGAAUGUUUCUACAAUUACUUCUAUCUAGGUUUUGAUGUGUUGGUCUCAACACCUUCGCCGCCGUCGAGACCACCGCCGGCGCAGCACGAGUCCCAGAUACCGCCUAGUAAGCCUAUCAAGUCGGAAUCUCCUGACCGUCUGGUUGCUACAAAGUUGGUUCUCCAUGGCAACGUGCCCGGCUCGUACGAGUUCAACAGGCACCGCCGUUGCCGCUGGGAAGUCAGUUAUCUUGACGAUGGUUCCCCUGGUGCGGCAGCAAACUCGGAGACAAAAUUCACUGAGAUCAAGGACAGACUGAAUGAACGGUGGAACAGCGCGUACCCUGAAGGCGACUCCAAAGCUCCCCAAAGAGGCAUGGUUCUCAAUCGGGGCUGGGGGGAUAGUCCCGGCAGCAGCUGUGAAUUCCUUGGAGGUUGGGAGGACAGCGGCGCCAAGAGACUUGAUGGCAGUGACGACUCAACCACUACUCUAUUUGGAUUCCCCGGUCUCGUGUUUGAGGUGCUGAAGAACGAUCAUGUCAACACGGUGACUGUGUUUUAG